CGCUUAACCUCAACGAUCAUGCCGCCCACUGGACAACGGCGAAAUACCGUCUACGACCUUGCUGCUUUACGAAUUCACCACGACGACUUUCGGAUACCAAGCUCUGAUUCAAAUUAUGCAUACAGGCGUGAUAAGAAGAUUACGAGGGACGUACGCGGAAAUUGGAUAGCGAAAGACGCUGGCGGGACUGGGCGCGUUCCCUUGUACAAGAAGAUUUCUGAUGAUGAGGAGGGCGGCUCUGAAGAGAAGAGGGAUGAUGAGGGGGAGACGACUCAGUUUGAAGAUGAAGUGGAAGAGGAGGAAGAGGGAGAAGGUGAGGAAGAGGAAGAGGAGGGAGAGGAGUACCGACGACGCCAAAGACGACGGUUUUACGAAGAUAUGAGUUACCUCGAGCACAAAGCUAAUGACCUCCCUCAUCCGCCAGGCACUAUGCCAGUACCAGAAUCGGAUCUCCUUAAAACGAUCCAUUACUUUGCCAGUGUAUAUUAUAACGAUAUGGGACAGCUUCAUGAUGCGAAACGUUUCGUGAGGCGAUUGUACAAAAAGAGGCGGGAAGAGAAGCGGAAGAGUGCAGCUGCUUCUUCAGAUGAAGAUGAAGACGAGUUCGCAGAGCAAAAGGCUACGCACGGCCCAGACGAAGAUGAAGCAAUUGAGGAUGACGGUGAACAAUCUGACACUCUGUGGACUGACGAAGAUGAGCCCAUACCGGACGCUGAUGAAGACUUACGCCCUCGAAAGCGUCAAAACAAGGGUAAGGGCAAAGAAACAGACAAGAAGGGAGCGGCCGGGAAACGCAAAAGGAAGAAAAGGCAGGAGAAAGAUUGGACUGAGGCGUACAGGAAUCAGGAUAUGUAUAGGCGAUUUGAUGGCUCCGCACUCAUUGCUCUUGGUAUGCUCCUGCAGGAGUAUGUUAGAGAAAAGGUUGGGCGCUUUGAGCCGGAUGAGCCCCUUGCGACGGAAGUAGAAAGCGGAGUGGAAGUGGAAGCAGAAGAUCGUCACAUGGAAGAGGAUAAUGCAGAGGAGGAGAGCAGGUUGGAAAACGAACCACAGAACCACCGGACAUUCUUAAGUCUAGCACAAUCCAACUCUGAAUCAGACGAGCAGGAAUAAAGUCACGAGAGAUCCAUUCGAAGU